AUGAGUACCAUGAAAUUUUGCCGUGAAUGCAACAAUAUUCUCUACCCCAAAGAAGACAGGGAACAUAAGACUCUUCUCUACGCCUGCCGCAACUGCGAUCACCAGGAAGUGGCUGAUAACAACUGCGUUUACAGAAACGUGGUGCAUCACUCGGCCGGGGAGCGGACUCAAAUACUGGAGGAUGUAGCGUCUGAUCCAACUCUUCCUCGGACCAAAUCCAUCAUUUGCGCUAAUUGUAAACACGGCGAAGCCGUCUUUUUCCAGGCAACUGCAAGAGGAGAGGAAGGUAUGACACUGUUCUUCGUCUGCUGUAAUCCCAACUGCGGACAUCGAUGGAGAGAUUGA